AUGACCGAUAGUGAUAGUAAUGCCAAUGAUAACACUUCUAAUGAUGAGUUUGAUGCUACCAGUAAUGAUUCUUCCCCCGAUUCGCAAUAUUUGGUUACCUUCAAGCGUAAUAAUCAUAGGGAGACAAUAAUAAACCACACGAUAGAUUAUAAAGAUCUUUUUACAAUGCAAGAACAGGAUUAUAUUACUGAUUAUAUCGCUGAUUCCACGGGUUCUGAAUAUGAAGAAAGUACCAAAAGUACUCACAAGAAAAGUGAAAAAAAAGAACCUGGGCAAGAUGAAGGUCUUGCUAACUAUAGAAAACGUUAUUGGAUACAAAGAGGUUGA